AGCGCGGUCCGGGAGAAGUCCGGGCAGAGCCCGAGCAGCGGCCAGCCAGCGCUGGCUUGUGGACCCGUAGUUCCCACGCGAGACCUCUCACUGCGCCCCAGCCGCGCGCGACAUGAGCCACGGGAAGGGAACCGACAUGCUCCCGGAGAUCGCCGCCGCAGUGGGCUUCCUCUCCAGCCUCCUGAGGACCCGGGGCUGCGUGAGCGAACAGAGGCUUAAGGUCUUCAGCGGGGCGCUCCAGGAGGCACUCACAGAGCACUACAAACAUCACUGGUUUCCUGAAAAGCCAUCCAAGGGCUCCGGCUACCGCUGCAUUCGCAUCAACCACAAGAUGGACCCCAUCAUCAGCAGGGUGGCCAGCCAGAUUGGACUCAGCCAGCCCCAGCUGCACCAGCUGCUGCCCAGCGAGCUGACCCUGUGGGUGGACCCCUAUGAGGUGUCCUACCGCAUUGGGGAAGAUGGCUCCAUCUGCGUCUUGUACGAGGAGGCCCCCGUUGCCGCCUCCUGUGGGCUCCUCACCUGCAAGAACCAAGUGCUGCUGGGCCGGAGCAGCCCCCCCAAGAACUACCUGACUGCGGUCUCCAGCUAGGCCCCUCCGCCCCCACCCUGGGCACCGCCGUGCUCAUGCUGCCGUGACAACAAGCCACCACAUACCUCAACCUGGGGAACUGUAUUUUUAAAUGAAGAGCUAUUUAUAUAUAUAUAUUAUUUUUUUUUUAAGAAAAGAGAAAAAAACCAAAAGAUUUUUUUUAAGAAAAAAAAUCCUUCAAGGGAGCUGCUUGAAAGUAGCCUCCCCAGGUGCCUUUGGAGAGAACUGUUGUGUGCUUGAGUCUGUGAGCCAGUGUCUGCCUAUAGGAGGGGGAGCUCUGAGGGGGUAAACCUAGCCAAGGUGAGGUAGAAGACGUUUGGCUAGCACCCCAGAAGAUGUGAGAGGGAGCAAGCAAGGUUAGCAACUGUGAACCGAGAGGUCGGGAUUUGCCCUGGGGGAGGAAGAGAGGCCAAGUUCAGAACUCUCUGUCUCCCCCAGCCAGACACCUGCAUUCCCAGCUCCUCUCUUACUCAGGGGCAUUCAUGCCUGGACUUAAAUAAUACUUUGUUGCCUAAUCUUCUCUUUUAUUUUUCUAAUGAGGUCCUGGGCAGAGAGUGAAAAGGUCUCUCCUGAUUCCUACUGUCCUAAGCAAUUUUUCUUGAAAUCUUGACUUGUUUCUAAUUCUACCCUCAGGGGCCUGUAGAUCUUGCCUCUCAGCCAGGAAUCUAAAGCUUUGGGUUUUUUUUUUUUGUUUGUUUUUUUGUUUUUUCUCUGAGGGAGAGGAAGGAACUGGAGGUUAUUGGGGUUAGGAUGGAAGGGAACUCUGCACAAAACCUUUGCUUUGCUAGUGCUGCUUUGUGUGUAUGUGUGGCGAAUAAUUUGGGGGUGCUUUGCAAUGGAAUUUUGGAAUCCAAAGAGGAUCCACUGGGGAUGUUUUUUGGCCAAAACUCUUCUUUUUGGAAGCACAUGAAAGUGUUGAUGCUGCUGCCAUGAUCCCUUUGAGAGGUGGCCCACAAGCUACAGGGAACUCCAGGUCCUUUAUUACUGCCUUCUUUUCAAAAGCACAACUCUCCUCUAACCCUCACCUCCCCUUUCCUUCUGGUUGGGUCAUGGAGCUACCCUCUUUUCUAGGACAAGAGUUCUCAGUCACUGUGCAAUAUGCCCUCUGGGUCCCAGGAGGGUCUGGAGGAAAACUGGCUCUCAGAACCUCCUGAUGCCCUGGUGGGCUUAGGGAACCAUCUCUCCUGCUCUCCUUGGGAUGAUGGCUGGCUGGUCAGCCUUGCAUGUAUUCCUUGGCUGAAUGGGAGAGUGCCCUGUGCUCUGCAAGACUACUUGGUAUUCUUGUAGGCCUGACACUAAAUGAAAGCCAAACCUUGGGCACUGUUUUUUCUCCCUGGUGCUCAGAGCACCUGUGGGAAAGGUUGUCUCUCUCAGUACAGUCCAAAUCUGUCAGACUUGUGCAAUAUUUACUGUUGUGGGUUGGAGAAAAGUGGAAAGCUACACUGGGAAGAAACUCCCUUCAAUUUCUCAGUGACAUUGAUGAGGGGUCCUCAAAAGACCUCGAGUUUCCCAAACCGAAUCACCUUAAGAAGGACAGGGCUAGAGCAUUUGGCCAGGAUGGCUACCCUCCUGCUGUUGCCCCUUAGUGAGGAAUCUUUCCCCCUCUUCCGCUGCACCCAGGCUCCCUUCCCCACAGCCAGUCCCCUUUACUGGAUUUCUUAACUGCUCAAUUUUGAUUCAAAGGUGCUAUGUACCAAACACUCUCUCUAACCAUUCCUGGCAGUUCUGCCUCCUUUUCAACUCCCCACAUUUUUGUGUUGCCUUCCCAGACCCUGCUUCCAGCCUUUAUUGCUUUAAAGUUAACUUUGGGCCCACAGAACCGAGAGCUCAUUUUCUGGCUUGUGGGUUGAAACAAAACUGUGAGUCACUGCGGGUCGUGUUCUCGAGUCCUGUCUGCAAACAGGUCCCUGCCUUUGUAGAAGCAGCCUCGUGGUCUCAUGCUUCGUCUUGUCUCUCUUCUCUUCUUUUUGAUGUUCACUUUAAAAACAACAAAACCCCUGAGCUGGACUGUUGAGCAGGCCUGUCUCUCCUAUUAAGUAAAAAUAAAUAAUAGUAGUACGUUUGUAAGCUAUUCUGACAGAAAAAACAAAGGUUACUAAUUGUAUGAUAGUGUUUUUAUAUGGAAGAAUGUACAGCGUAUGGACAAAUGUACACCUUUUUUGUUACUUUAAUAAAAAUGUAGCAGGACAAA